GCUGAAGCCUCUGACCCCAACUCCUGUGUGGUGCAGAGCUAUGAAAGUCAGCACUGAUGGGUGGGAGGUAUUGACUGGGGUGUCCCAGUCUCUCCAGCUCUGGUUUGCCACUCCUGGUUGUCUAAUUGUGACAUAGCCCUGUGUCUGCUCAGCCCGUCAGGGACAGAGUAUCAUUCAUUACCUGUUGACUUCAGCAGUUCUCCUCUGGGGGAGGAUAUGACUGGCUCAAAAUCACCCACAACCCCUCUGUGUGCACUGAGCACAAAAAAAUCACUGAGCUGAUUUUUUUUCUUUUUCUUUUUAGCCAAGCUGAAAUUUGGAUAAUUUGACUUACUUUAUCAACUUGAUCAAACAUAUACAAUGUUGGUACAGCAACAUGGGGACUGUCCACAGGGUGCUUGGUGUGUGCCUGCCUUGGCCAGUGGAGCUCCUGAAGUGGGGGCUGCCUCCUGCAGCAGCUAGGAUGGGAUGGUUUGCUCUGAUCAGCCUCUGCUGCUGGUUUCAGAAGGGUAGCUCUCUCUCCCAGCUCCGUUGAGGCCUCAUUCACUUUCUUUCCCACCAGCAGCCUCCCCCAGCUGUUUCAGUCAGACCUGGAUGUCCAUCCCAAGUUCAUCCUGUCAGGUUCUUCUCCCGGUGUCAGCUACAUUUUUCCUCAGUGGAUGCCCACCAAGGUGGUCAGUGGGCUGCAGCACAUGGGGUGCAGAGACAGGCUGAGAAAGCUGUAUCUGCUCCGUCUGGAGAAUGAGAGUGGGAGCGAUUUGUGUCUCUCUGAGGAGUAGCUGUGAAGGUGGACAGUUCCCAGAGGCUCACAGGGAAAUGACCAGAGGUAACAGAUGCAGGUUACAACAAAGGAAGUAACCUUUAGACAAAGACAAACAUUAUUCCCUGUGAUAGUGCUGUGAUGCAGACACAGGGAUGAGAGAAAUCUUGGGUAUUCUUCCAAACCGUCUAGGCCUAGAGCAAGCUCUCUGGAUUUUCAGUUAACCCUGCUGUGAGCAGCUGGUUGAUCUGCAAACCUCCUGGUGUCCUUCUCCACUUCAAUUUCCCUGUGAUUUACAGUGAUAAACUGUUGUACUUCCUAGCCAGAGUUCAUCUGGCUGGGCUCUAAGCUAUCCCAUGUAUGCAAGUCUUGCAGCUCAGGCUGUUCCAUGCUGUUGCAUUCUUUUCUGUCAGGCCUGUCUUGAUACCACAGGAAUCUUGAUGAGCCAGAACACCUUUUCUUGUAAAACCUCUUCUCUUGUCAUUACAAGCACUUCCAGCCAUGCCUUAGCUCAUAAAUUGGUCUCUGAAGCGAAUCUGUGCCUUGUAAAACUGAGGGUUCAUCAUGGAGCUGCAGCCAGAGCAUCAUAAACAGUUUCCUCAGUCUAGAUGACCUUUGUCUAGUAUAUUUAUUCUGGAAUCCCUCUGAAAGUUUUAAUAUCAAUGUUAAUGCCUUUAAGUGACAAUAAGGGAUAAACUCCCUUUUGACCUGUUCACAUUUUGGAGGCUGGUGACUGAUGCUGUCCUUGGCCAGACCUAGCACUGCCCUUUGAUAACUUAUCAUAGAAACAUGGAAUAUCCUGAGUUGGAAAGUCCAACUUCUGGCCCUGCAGAGACUCCCCAGCAAUCCCACCCUGUGCCUGAGAGCAUUGCCCAAACACUCCUGGAACUCUGGCAGCCUUGGGGCCAUGUCCAUUCCCUGAGGAGCCUGUUCAGUGCCCCAGCACCCUCUGGGGGAAGAACCUUUCCUGAUAUCCAACCAAACCCCCCAACACAGCUCCAGUUGUUCCUUUGGGUCCUGUUCCUGAUUACCAGAGAGAAGAGAUUGGUGUCUGUACCUCUGCUUGUUCCAAUCCAUUUCAGAGUGGAUAUUUAUGCCAGCAAUUUUCAGUGGGAAUCACUCCCAUUUCAAAAUUCAGUCUCAUAUUUUGUGUUGGAACCAUUGCUUUGCAUUUGGAAGUCAGUUGUGAUCUUCAGCUUCACCAACACCUCUCUCACACAUUGCUGUGCUGACAACAGUCCAUCCUCUUCUGAGCCUUCAUGUGGUGAACAAGACAAUUUUCUUGGCCUUUUCCCACCACAUUUUCUCAAAGGAUCACUUUCCCUGCCUCCCCUCUCUCUCUUCUGGCCAAUAUAUGGCUGAGCAGAUCUGGGGAGUGGGAGAGUAAGUAAAACUUGGUGACAAAAGCUCAUGGUGUGACCAAGUCCCUCGUCUCCCUAUCUCAGACACUCUUAAAUUGAUUCAGGUCCUGGAAAAGGUGCAAAGACCCAGGGGCAGAAGGGAGUCAACUGGGCAUGGACACACUUGGUCUGGAGACUAGGAUCUUUAUUAGAGCUGGAUUUUCUGAAAACACCUUGCAGGUUAGGCAAGAGCCAACUGCUUCUGAAAUGGGAGCAGGAUGGAUCCAGGUGCUGGGGAUCCUUGCAACAGGAGAAAAUUACAGCUGUGGACUUUGGUAUCUGUGGGUUUGGAGCCUGAAUGUUGCGCUAGAUCUGAGCUGCCUGUCUGUCCAUGGUGAAUUGGGAAUGUCCUUGGCUUUCUCCAUAUUCAUCAGAGACACUAAUCAGCUGCUGGAAUCAAAGACCUCCUUACUCUGCACAACUCCCUGACAGAAGGGGGCAGCCAGGGGGAAUUUGGGCUCUGCUCCCAGGGAACAGGGACAGGAGGAGAGGGAAUGGCCUCAACUUACACCAGGGGAGGUUCAGGUUGGAUAUCAGGAGGAAUUUCUUCUUGGAAAGAGUUGUCAGACACUGGAAGGGGCUGCCCAGGACAGUGGUGGAGUCCCCAUCACCUGGAGGUGUCCAAAGAAGGACUGGACAUGGCACUCAGUGCCCUGGGCUGGUGACAAGGUAGGGAGACCAGUCACAGGUUGGACUCAAUGAUCCUGGAGGUAUUUUCCAACCUCAAUGUUUCUGUGAAGUCAUUGAAAAUUGAUGACAGUGACUUAAAAUAAUAAUUUUCAGUGGUUUGUGAGCUGUUGGGUGUUGCAGUGUGUUUUCUUAGUUUUAUAGGUAUGCUUACUGUUCGAUUUGUGAUUUUGCAAUCCCCUUAUGCCACUCCCAAGUUUUAAACCCCCACCUUCCCAGUUGUUAAUCCCUCCCAUCCCUGCCCUUUUUCCCCCGAAUCCCCCUUGCUCCCCACUCCUACUGGAUGUCAAUUCUCCCCUGAACCUGCCCUCUCUUCUGGAGAAUUCCCUGUCUAUUUUGUGUCCUUUGGAACCCUAUUAGUUUAUCCAAGUUAUUUCCCUCUCUAGUGUUCCUUUAUUGGUUCUAGUGAAAAAUACCCCGCCUUCAACCCCCCACAAACCAUAUCCCUAUUGGUUUGCUACCCUAAACCCCUCCUCCCGAGUGAGGUAUCAAAGCUCUUGCUAGCCCCAAGUCUUGGUCUUGGGUGCUAAUCAUGAAAUAAAGCCACCCCCAUUUCACCCCAAGGCCCGUGCUGCUGCCUUUGUUCCUGCGCUGAACCACCGCUGGUGGCUGGGCUUCUGUGGAGCUUACAAGGGGGUCUGUCACACCCCAUUGUCACCUAGCCAGGACAUAGUCCUCACCGUGACACUUGGGAACCUGCAGACUUCCUUGUACCUGAUAUUCUGGGUGGAUUUCUAUGUGCAGAGUUGUGUCAAAGGUUUCUUCUACAGCAGGAGACUCACAACAGCACCCUGGUUUGGAAACCACUGCUAUUAGUGCAGGACAGCCAUUCCACUCCUUUCACUGGCAUUACAUUUUAGGAACCUCUUUCUGGUACGUCAGGAUGAACCAGUUGUGAAUCAAAUUAACCUUCUCCCAGUUGCAAAAGGCCACAAUUUUGUACAGAUGAGGUACAGGAAAGGUUGGCAGACAUAGAAAAGGAACUGUUUGCUGGAUCAAAUCGUGGAGAAGCAGAAUGAAGCCAUGGUUUUUCUCUAAGCACUGGCUCCCCAGGGACCUGGUCUCUACAAGCACCAGUUCAGAGGGUCCCAGUGUGCACACAUGGGGCUCUUGUAGUGUCCAUGUGCUGGUGCAGGGACAGUUCAGAUACUGUGGAGAAGCUCUUUGCUUUAAUUGCCUCUCCUGUGGUUGCAGAGAAGCCUUGGGAGAGCUGAGAGGUGAGGCUACAGUCACCUCUCUUCAGUUUUCCAAUGAAAAUCAGGAGAAGAAGGGUCUAUGGCUAAGCCAGAGGACCAGGGAGAACAGGCAAUGCCAUUCUAUAUAAUUAUGUCUUUCCUCAGUUUCUUCAGGAAGUAUCACUGAGUCUUGCCCAUUUUACUGUUCUUAAGGAUUUGACUUUGGUCUUUAGGUUUUAGAAGAUUAUCAUUGUGGUUUUAUGGGUCCUUGGGCUAUUUCCUUUUGAUAAUCUGCAGCUCUCAGACCUGGCUGGAAUUGCGAGUCAUUGUUCUUUUGAAGUGCCAGUGCUAGAGCAAGGCCUGGUGGGCAGAUGAUGAAUCAUGAAACAUUUGUUUUUCAGCUCAGUUAUUCUGGCUGCUGCAAGUUCCUUUUCACGCAGUUGUUUUAGGAGAUGAAAUGCAGUUGGAGCAGUUCCAGGUUAUACCUGCAUUUUCCUGAUUUCCUCCUUGCUUAUGCAGAUGCUGUCUGAACAUGCACCUGCCUCUUGCCAGGAAAACAUUGGGAGUCACUGUUCUUGCUUUAUCUUUUUGUCUAGACUUGUGGCACUUUUCCCACUUUUCCCACUGUGCAUGCAGAAUGUCCAGCUGCUCAGCUUGGUCCCUCCAGUGCCUGGAUGUGUAGAGCAGGGUCUGACUGAUCAGAUCACUGUUUUUCUCUUUCUCCCCUCAAAAUACUGAUUUCUGGUUUCCUGGACAUCUUGCAGCUAGCUCACUUUGUGAAGAUCAAUGUUUGCACAAAGUGAGACAGCCUGGGGUCUUAGAAUCAUGGAAUCAGGGAAUGGUUUGGGCUGGAAUGGACUUAAAUAUCAUCCAGUUCCACCCCUGCCAUGGGCAGGGACAUCUUCCACUAUCCCAGGUUGCUCCACGGCCCAACCUGGUAUUGGACACUUCCAGAGAUAAGGCAGCCACAGCUUCUCUGGGCAGGGUUUGUGCUGUCCAAUGCAGCCUGCUCUUCCCCACUAAAGAUUGUCUUAAAAUUCCUCAGGGUUCCUCUUCCCAGAGCCCCCUGAAUGGGCUGUCCAAGCACUGCCAGCCCCACAGCCCCUACACACAUACAGUGCUGUGUUUGCCCUGUUGCCAUCCAGCCCUCCUGAAGCUCUUGCAGUGCAGUUGCUAAACUGGCUUCCCACAGUGAGCACAGCUCCCAGCAGAGAGCACAGCCUGGCUGAAGCCUCACUCCCAAACCUCAUUCCAGCUUUGCACCACCCACGCAUAGCUGAUGGAGGGAGUCUCACCUCUGCUCUACAUCACCAGCUGCUGUGACUCGUUCACUGCUCUGCUCAACACACUCUGGGCUGGAAGGAUGGAGCUUUUCCUCCUUCACUACCCCUUUACCUGUCUGCUCAUUGCCUUUCUAGUCCUCUAUCAGGUGAAACCUUCAUUCAGAUUCUUCUGCAAGAUGACCUUCUAUAAGUUGUGGCUCUUCACCAUAAGCAUUGGGGUUGCCAUCCUCAGUAUUCCUCGUGGACGUAACGUGGACAACAUGAUAUUUUUGCGCAUAUUGACCAUACCACUCAAAUACAUCUUUGGCAUUCAGAUAGUGGUGAAGGGCAAGGAGAACCUCAGGACCAAGAAACCUUUUGUUCUGGUGCUGAAUCACCAGACCUCCCUUGACAUCAUGGUGAUAAUGGAGAUAUUGCCAAGGCGCUGCGUGCCCGUUGCAAAGAAGGAGAUCCUGUACAUGGGCACAUUCGGCCUGGCCUGCUGGCUCGCAGGGGUCAUCUUCAUCGACCGCAAGAGGAGGGAAGAGUCCAUUGGCACCCUGACAGAGGUGGCACACUCCCUGCACAGGGACAACUUGCGUGUCUUGAUCUUCCCUGAAGGAACUCGCAAUCAUAGUGGCUCCAUGUUGCCCUUCAAACGUGGGGCCUUCCAGCUGGCUGUGAAAGCACAGGUCCCCAUUAUUCCUGUAGUGUUGUCUUCCUACAACAACUUCUACAACCAGAAGGAGAAGAAAUUUACACCAGGAAAGAUGAUCAUCCAGAUCCUGCCAGAAGUGGAUACGCUGGGCCUGGGCCCAGAAGAUGUUGCCAAGCUGACAGAGCAGGUCCGUGACUCCAUGAUCUCCACCUACCAGAGGAUAUCAGGAAUGACAAAUGGAGCUUCCCAUUAGUGAUCCCAUCUUCCAGCUCCAGCUGUGUGUGCCACAGUGGAGGGGAGGCCAUGACAACCACAGGAAGGUCUGGCAGCAGAGACAACUGUGGAUUGCAACGCUGACAAACCAGAGACAGGCAAAACAUCCACCAAGAAGAGAAGCUUCCAACAGGAAUGUUCUUGUGUUCCUCCUAGAGAACUGUGCCACCCAGUGAGACAGACACACAAUGGACAGCUGGACAUUUCUGUGUAAUCAUAUUGCUGAGAAUGUCCCAUCAGCUGGAUCCCAGGCAGAGCUGGGCCCUUCCUGUGAUCAUCGCUGCCUGUUUAUAACCACCUUUCCCUGUUCAGAUCCAACAAGGCAGAGGCAUUGAUCCCAAGCCUGUGACCAUGCUGCCUAGGAAGUGGCUGCCUUGGGGUUUGAGGGUUGCCACAUUUCCCUGGAAUACACUCAGGAGAAGGUGCUGUUUUCUUCCUCUUCCAUGGGGAGGAUUUGGGAGGUACCUCUGCCAUGAGAGACAGAAACCAAGGCAGCUUUGGGAGAGGAGAAUUAAAGACCUUACAUGUGUCUACAGGGCUUGGUGGUUUCUUUGGCAUAUUUAGCCUUCCUUUUAAGCUGUGGAAGAUUUUACUUUCAUGGCUGAGUACAUCUUCAAAGUGCAAGAGGGACAUGUCUGGGGGCUCAGAAACCAGAGGCAAAUCGCACGAGUAUGCUGCCUAAUAUCCUUGCUGUGCCCAGAUGGAAUCCUCAUCCCUGGAACUGUUGAAAAGAUGUGUGUAUCUGGUGCUUAGGGACAUGGUUUAGUGGUUGGCCUGGCUGUGCUAGGUUAAUGGACUUGAUGAUCUUGGAGUGCUUUUUCAACCUUACUGAUUCUGCAGUUGUGUGAUGAUUCUAUGAUAACCUCAUGAUUUUUAGCACAACCUUUAUAUCUUUCAACUCAAACACACUCUAGGAGCUGCAGCUCCUGAUUUCUGAGUCCAGCCUUCUAUCAGAGGAUGCCCACCAGCCACGAUGUGAUUUGCUUUUUUGUAUUGGUAUGUUUAGCUAUGAACCGUAGCCAAAGACUGUUUUGGACACAGGCCUGACUUACACAGAAUCACACAUAGAUUCACAGAAUCAUUUAGGUUGGAAAAACCCUCUAGGAUCAUCGAGUCCAACCUGUGAAUGACCCUACCCUUCUCAACCAGCCCAGAACACAGAGUGCCACAUCCAGUCCUUCCUUGGGCACCUCGAGGGAUGGGGACUGUACCACCUCCCUGUGCCCCUUCCAGGGUUUGACCACUCUUUCCAAAAAGAAUUUCCUCCUGAUGUCCACCCUGAACCUCCCCUGGCCCAGCCUGAGGCCGUUCCCUCUCCUCCUGUCCCUGUUCCCUGGAGCACAGCCCGACCCCCCGGCUGUCCCCUCCUGUCAGGAGCUGUGCAGAGCCACAAGGGCCCCCCUGAGCCUCCUUUUCUCCAGGCUGAGCCCCCUCCCAGCUCCCUCAGCUGCUCCUGGCCUUCUCUGGACAUGCUCCAGCCUUUCAAUGUCUUUCUUGCAGUGAGAGACCCCAGACUGAAUGCAGAAUUUGAGGUGGGGCCUCAGCGGUGCCAGCACAUGGGGACAGGCACUGCCCUGGUCAUGCUGGUCAGUGUGUCUGGCACAGCCCAGGGCCAUUGGACUUUUGCCCACCUGGGCACACUUGGGCUCUUGUUCAGCCACUGUCAACCAGCUCCCCCAGGCCCUUUUCUGAUGGAAAGAUUUCCAACCUCUCUUCCCCCAGCCUGUCAUUAAUGCCAACUGUAGAUGAGUGCACAAGGAUGUGUUUUAUUACUGCCCAGAAUACCCAAACCACACAGAUUCACUGUAGGAUUUAAAUAAAACUUUUUCAAGGCUUCAAGAUGCAGCUGCCAUGCUUCAGUGACUUCAAAGGCUGAAAUCUCACUGCUGAUUAGAAGCAGCCUAAAGAGCUCCUUCUCUUGUGCAAAACCAGGAGAUUGGGAAAGUUUUGGUGAAGAUUACAUGAAUGUGCUAAUUUCUCAGCAGGUAAAAGAAUAAGGAGUUUGAUUUUGCAAUGCAAGCAUGCCAGCCGGCAGGUUUGACACCCAUUCAGGAUGGGAAGUAAAAAAAAUUGUCAUAAUUACACUUUUAGAG